AUGACACUAGUUUCAAGAUAUAUUUUUGGUGGAAAAAUAAAAGAAGACUUUGUUUCGUUCAUAAACUGCCACACAUACUUUUAUAAUAACCAAAAAUCAAACCAAGAGGAACAGAUCAAUGACAAUGAAGAAUCUACAGAAAAUGAUGAAAACACUCUUAUUGAACCUAAACUCACUGGUGAUAACACUGUUGGAAUUUCUACUGAUGGUUGCUCGGUAAUGACUUCCACUGUUCGUGGCGCUGUUAAAUAUAUUCAAUCUAACGCAACUCCAAACGCAGUCUAUAGCCCAUGUUCUAAUCAUUGUUUAAAUUUAUCAAUUUCUAAAUCAUCUAGUGUCAUGUCAGUUAAAAACUCUGUUGGUAUUAUUAAAGAAACUGUAAAAUUUUUUAAUAUGUCAGCAAAAAGGAAUUUUGUUCUAAAAAAAGUAUUUGGUAAAGAAAAACAUUUAAUGAGUCUAUGUGAAACCAGAUGGACUGAAAGACAUGAUAGCAUUUUAAUAUUUAAGAAUUCUCUACAAUAUAUUAUUAAAUCUCUGAACCUUAUAACCGAGUGGCAAGAUAAUGAUUCGUCAGUGAAAGCUUACUCUCUUUUAAAUUCAUUAACUACAUGUGAAUUUAUAAUAUCAUUGUUUACACUAUCAGAUUUACUUUACUUAACAGCACCUGCAAGUAAACUACUUCAAGGUAUUCAAAAUGAUUUAAAUUUUGCUGAAGAUUGCUUUAAGGAUAUUAUAAACGUUAUGGUAAAUAGGCGGUCAAACAGUGAUAUACAUUUCAAAACAAUAUUUGAAGAAAGUAAAAAACUGAUGGAAAAAUUAGAUGUGGAACUUAAGUUACCACGCAUUACUAAGCAUCAAAUACAUAGACCAAAUAUUUUAUCUGUUUCUAUUGAAGAAUACUUUAGAAUUUCUGUUUAUAAUGUACUGUAUAAUCAUGUACUCGAUGAUCUAAAAGAUAGAUAUUUAAGUAAAAAAAAUUUAACUGUUUAUAAAUUAUUACUUCUUAUACCAAAAAGUGUUGUUGAUAUCAAGUCGGAUGAUAUAAAUUAUAUUGCAGAAAUUGUUGAUAAAGAAUACUCAUAUUUACACAUAGAAAAACAAUAUUUAACUUCUGAACUUGAAUUAUGGAUUGCCAAAUGGACCAGAGUUAAAAAUGAAGGAGGUCAUAUACCAAUUACUGUCAUAGAUGGUUUGGAUCAUUGUCAGGAUGUACUAUUCCCAAAUAUUAAAACAUUGCUUUUAAUUAUUGGUUGUCUACCCAUCAGCGUUGCAUCAGCUGAAAGAAGUUUUUCUACUUUGCGCAGGUUAAAGGAUUGGUUAAGAUCACGAAUGUGUCAAGAUAGAUUAAAUGGUUUAGCUUUACUUCAUGUUCAUAAGGAAAAAGAAGUAUCAAUAGACAACAUCAUUGAACGGUUUUCAAAACAUAUAAACUUAGAUGGAUACCUGAAAACAAUGAUGUGGAAAAGAAACGAAUUCAAAACUUGUGAAUAA